ACAUGUACCCUUUGUCCUCCAAGAAAUUUAAUAGAUACAAUAAUAUAGUUAGUUAAACUUAGAAGUUAGAUCUCUCUCACAGUCAAAAAAAACUGUAACCAUGACCAAACAUGAACAUGAAACACCACCGUCAAACCGAACAAACCUAGCUUCAUGUUUGGUCGCCACCGUUUUCUUAAUCUUCAUUCUCAUCAUAAUCUUCACACUUUACUUCACACUUUUCAAACCACAAGAUCCAAAAAUUUCCGUCACCGCCGUUCAACUCCCAUCAUUCAACCUCACCAACAACUCCACCACCGUCAACUUCACCUUCUCUCAAUACACUUCUGUUAAAAACCCUAACAGAGGAACAUUCUCACACUACGACAGUUCCUUUCAGCUUCUCUCCUAUGGAAAACAAAUCGGUUUCAUGUUCGUUCCUGCUGGGAAGAUCAAUGCAAGAAGAACUCAGUUCAUGGCUGCUACAUUCACUGUUCAAUCUCUUCCGUUGAACUUGGAGCCCGAAGGGCUUCAAAUGGGGCCCACUGUGGAGAUUGAAUCUACGAUUGAAAUGGUUGGGAGAGUGAGAGUGUUGCAUCUGUUCAGUCAUCAUGUGGAAGCUAAAGCUGAUUGCAGAGUUGCCAUUGCUGUUUCAGAUGGAUCUGUCUUAGGUUUUCAUUGCUAAUUAUUAAUUAAUUAGUAUAAUUUUCUUGAUUAUUGUCUAAUUAAUCUCUUUCAUUUUUGUAACGUAACUGUAAACUAAAUUAGUUAGUUGAUUCAGGUGGCUAAAUUGACCAUCUCAAUAUUUAGAAUGAAAUUGAUUUAUCAAUUUACUUAAUUA